AUGCGCUAUUUUUGUCAAAGGACAAAAUGGAAGCGACAAGCAGCGGUUGGCAUGGAUCUGCUGAACGAAGCGUCUAAUGUUGCAGCAAUCCAGCAGCUACUUCGCACCAAUCCGUACUGGGCCAACUACAUGGCUGCCAACUCAUUGAGCCAUCCGCGACUUUUCCCCCUACAGGCAACAGCAGGCCUUCCACUUGGUAUACCGACCGGUAGCUCCGGUGCACUACCAAUUGCACCUCUUGCCCCACUGGUGGUACCACCCGCACCGAUGACACCGUCAACCACCUCCGCGUCAACCUCUAAUGCUGUUAUCGCCGGAUCUCCGGUAUCAUCGGUUGCAAGUUCCUUACCCCUAGCAGUGUUUCCAUUCCAGGUACCUAAUUCCAGCUUCACCCUCAAUCUAAUCCACAGUCCCUCAACAGCAGCAACAGCGACAGCAGCUAUUCAGAAAGAACAGUCAAAAACACCCCCAACGCCAGUUGCAACUGUUGUUACUUCUCCUAUCACCACAGCUGGUAAUACCACUGGUGACCUGAAAUCAUUAAGUAAAUGACA